AAAACAGUAAAAUUGUUUGAUAAUGAAUCCCAACAAUGAUGGCUGUUCGACUCCCAGUUCCGUGGAUGCAAGGGAUGACGUCGAGGUGAACGUUACCCUGGUAGAUAUACUAGAUUACGUUGGGGAUUCCGUGCGACCAAUACGCGAGGGAUCAGCAGUUCAUGAGGCAAAGCAUAUUGUUUGCAUUGGCUAUACCAGUAACCAAGCAGAUGUAAUUGAAAUUACUGGUUUUGUUCGUCAGUCAUCGCACCCCAAUCAUAUUCCGCAUAAAGUAGAGCUGAAAAUAUCAGCCGCCAUCGAAAGCUGGAUAAUGAAAUGCUCCUGUAAAGCAGGGACAAAUCGAUGCAAACACAUUGUUGCUUGUCUUUUGGAAUUGAAUAGAUCUGGCAAAGCAGAAUAUAUGUCGUGCACAAGUGCGGUUCAAGUAUGGGGUACAACAAAAGCAGAAAAAAAUGUUGCUUGGGGUGCGAAACCAAUAUCCAAAUUGUGCUGCAUAAAAUGUCCGCAGAAACUCCAACCUUCUGAUGAAUCUCUGAAACUAAACAUUCUGGCGGAGUGUUUCAGCAGAAUCUUGAGAGCUGCUGAGGGAUCUGCCUUUCAAAAACAUCUGAACGGAAGACAUUUGAAUGUUCCACAACCACAGCCCAGCCGAGCUUUGCAAGUUGCCAACGUAUCUGAUCUUUAUUGCGAUUCGAGUGAGCUCAAUUAUAUGCUUUCUUCAUAUGAAACAGGAGUGAUUGUUUCACCAACUAUUCACUUUGAAAGUAGUGAACAGGAGUCGUUCUACAACGAGGUUGUAGAUAAAGAUUUCUCUAACAUUUUACGAAUAGCGGAUGAAACACGAGGGCAAUCCUCGAAUUAUUGGAAAAUUCAGCGAUCUCUCAGAAUUACUGCCAGCUCAUGCUAUAAGCUUUUCACAUAUACCUUCAAUCAGAAUCCAAAUUGGGAUAGAAAGAUUUCUCAAUACUGGAGCACGGCUACCCUGAAAGUCCAGGCGGUAAAAUAUGGUGUAGAAACCGAAAAACUAGCGUUAGAUUGCUAUAGGAGCAAAAGAAAUCCUUUAGUAAGAAAAUGUGGAUUAGUCAUGAAACCUGGUGAUUGUUGGUUUGCGGCUUCGCCGGAUGGAGUAGAUCCACUAAGCCGACUGAUUGUUGAAAUAAAAUGCCCUCUUGCCGGAGAAAAAGGAGGACUAUUGGAUUUGGAGAGCAACACAGCAGUUCGGAAGUACUUGUUGCGUACCGAAGCUGGGCAAUUCCUUUUGAACCCGCGACAUGCAUAUUAUUGUCAAGUUCAAAUGAACAUGUGGGUUUUUGAAUGUAACAUUUGUGAUUUUGUGAUUUAUUCAAAAAAAGAUAACGAUUUCAUUGUUGUAGAGGUGCCGUUCAAUAAGCUAUUUGUACAAAACGUUAUCAAUAAGCUGAAAAACUUGUAUUUCUCCAAAAUGUUGGCUAAAUUGUUACCUUCUGUAUCGUAAAAAGCUGUUUAGC